UACAAAACUCUAGACGCUUGGUCACAUCCUCCUGAGACCCAGAGGAAUAAAAGUUUUGCUUUUUGGUUGUUUUUGGCUGACCGCUGAGGGCAGCCCUACAUAUGGCAUUGUCCGUAUUGCAGUUGCAGAAAGCUUUCUCAUGGCGGUGGGCUUGACCAUGUUGUCCGCCGAUUGCUGUUAGCUUGGAUGUCGCUGUGUAAGACCGCUGUUCUUGUUUCUUCCGACCCGGACCGCUGUCGUUGAAUCCGGAGCACAGCAGCAGCGUCACACUCCUCCUCGUCCGCUUUCAAGUGCCACACACAAACGCGACGCUCACGCACACACCUACACUGAAAUGCACGCCAACAUGUCGGUAGUGAAGACUCAAGCCUUCUACCUGCUGAGGGAAAAAAACUUUCAGAAUACUGGAGGAUAAAAAGCAGAAAUUUCUCCUCUUAAACCUCCUCUCACCACAGAGGAUUAGCGCGUCAGCGCUGUGUGUGUGUGCGCCGCUCCAGCUGUGUGUGUCUGUCGCCCGCGUGAGCCAGGGUAGUGCGAUAUGUUCAAAAAAUAUAUUUGGAUCCGAAACCACACUGUUCGUAGAGGAGGACCAGGAUGUGCUUUUACCAUGCUCGCUCAGCUCCAAGGAAAACAUCAAGGCCUGUCUGUUCGACUGGAAGAAAGAUGGUCAUAAGGAGGUGUUCAUGUAUGAUUCUGCAGCUCGUUAUGAUCACUUUGCGGGUCAAGACCCACAAUUUGUAGGUCGAGUCUCACAUUUUGAAGAUGAGCUGAAGAACGGUAACGCCUCCAUAAAGAUCACAAAGGCAAAAGUGGCUGACAGUGGAAACUACACCUGUAAUUUCCUAUGUCUACAGCCGAGUCAGACGUUCCAUGUCCAGCUUGUUGUAGGGCUGUAUGCUGACCGAGUGGAGGUAAAAGAAGGAAGUGAUACUGUUUUGAAGUUUCCCCUCAGCUCCAGGGUGAACAUCCAGUCAGGGGUGUUCGACUGCAAUAAAGAUGGCAAGAUGGAGGUGUACUUCUAUGAUGAGGGCCUUUAUUCUGGUCAUGGCCGUAAUGGUCAAGAUGACCACUAUAAAGGACGAGUCUCACAUUCUCAAGAGGAACUACAGCAUGGCAAGGUCCUCUUAAAGAUCAUUGACACCAGGGUGGAGGACAGUGGAAACUACACCUGCAUUUUUCCCCGUCCUGAACCAAGACGAGAAAUCCAUGUUCAGCUUGUUGUUGAUCCCAUCUUUAGGGACAGGACUGGAGAAAAUCCAUCUGCAUCACCAAGGCCGAGCAUCGAGGUUCUCAAUCAGACUCAGGACUGGGCGGUGCUGCAGUGUAAAGUUCAAGGCGCUUCUCCAAAACCUUCCCUGAAGUUUCAGGACAGUUCUGGAAACCCCCUGUAUGCUGAGGAGAGCCCGCAGCCCCACACAGGAGGAAAAUAUGACAUGACCAUUCAAGCUACUGUGAAUAAGACCGACCACUACCGUUGUGUACUCAGGCAGGAGGAAAUUAAUCAUGAGAUCACCAUCAAGACCUUUGUCUACAUUCAUGACAAAGUGUGUGAGGACCCUUACCGCCAUUGGUUUGGUGUGACUGGAUGGACUCUGGCUGUACUCCUCCCUUUGAGUGUUGCUGUACCGUACUUCAUAUCAUACUGUAUAAGAGUUCUAACCCGAGUGAAUCAGAUUACCCGAGAAGUUGGAGGAAAUCAUAGAUGCAUCCCAGCUGAUGAGGAGGAAUCAUCUGUAAAUGAGACACCUGCUGAAAAAAAGCAGAAUGGAGAUGUUUUAAUACUAUUACAAAAUGACCUGAAAGUGAAUGAAAUGAAAUGUGGUUCUUCUGAUCCACCAAACACCCCCGAGUUGUUGCCUAAAUCAAUCAGUGGCCUUCCAUCUUAAAGCUUGUGGGUGAAUUACUAACCACUCAAAAUGUUUAAGAUUUGGCAGCUAAACACCAUGGAAAUAGGCUGUCUCCUUGGCACUGAUAAUUUAAUGUCCCUUUUAUAACAAUUGAAAAAAAAUAUAGUUAUUUAGUGCUUAACAAAUUUGUUAGACCACCACCCAGAGUAAGGUUUAUGCCACAGCUGCCCUAAAUUAACAGCACUGGUAAUUACCAAAAUCAUU